AUGUUCAGCGCCUUCCGAGCACGUCGGUACUCUGGAUUGCACGCCGGGGGAUCCCUGGUGGCGGAGACCAGUCGAGAGAGGAGUCGACAAAGAGAUGAACUGGAUUUGGGAGUUCUGAGGAGGGAGCCAAGCACGAGUAGAAGAUCGGAAACCUCGUCAUUGCUGGGGUCUAGGGACUUAGAUGCGGAGGACCGCGGCGUGUUCCUACCCCGAAGAAGAGAGGAAAUUCUCAACGCUAGUCGGGAUACGGAGAUGACGGACCUCGCCCGCUUGUUCAAUUCGACGGACGAACCUUCGAGCGGAAGGAGGCCGGGGGAGAGCGGGGAGAGCGGGCGUACAGGAGAAGCAAGGAGCGCGGGUACAUCGACAUCAACAUCGACGAUUUCGCGACGAGCAUUCAACAACUGGGACUUCCCCGAUGUGGAGAGUGAUUCGGACUCGGACGAUAGUCUCUGGAGAUCAGGGGUACCACGCCCGUCGAUGAGGCGGGGACAAGCAUCACUCAGACCAUCGUCACCACAAAACAGGAACACCCAUGUGGCGACCAGCAACACCAAUCCAUCCGACCGUCCGACUUCGGUCACCAUUCCGUCCGUUUCGAUACCGCCGUUGCAUGGAGACUUGAUUUCGUUAAGAAGAUAUCUUGAUAUCCAAAUCGGAGACGACGACGCUAGUACUAGACUGUCGGGAGAGCAGCUACGCACACCGGUCAAUCGAAACCCACCAUCGCAAGCACCCCCUGCACGGCCUUUUCUUCCUAUACCGGUACCAUCCCCCAACUUGGAUGUGGAAUUCGGGGACCGCACCGGUAGCAGUACCCGCCCAGGUCAAGGGCAAUCCCAAUCGCAGCAGGAUGACAGCACCCGCUCUUCUAUUUCUCUCAACCCACCACAGCCGCCAAGUUCUCGACCAUCCUCUUCUAUCGAAAAUUUCCGACAGGCGUUCCGAGAGCGUGGUCGUCAGUUGUCGGAGAGGAACAUCAGCAGGCUACUGGGACAUGGAUCGUCAGGCCCUUCGGGUCUUGAAACGCCAUCUGCUGCUCGUCCCACUAAUGCUUCCAACGCAGGUGGAAGUUUGGCUUCACCUCUCGACCUGCCCAGCCCCCAUGAUCCGACUGGUGCUCGAUUCGGGUUUCUGUACCGCAGGAUAGGAGUGCCUUCUGAUGACCCACCGUCCACUGGCAACCCCUCAAAUCCGUCGAGGGCUCCAGACAGACUUUCGGAUAUGUUUGCCCCUGGUCCGUAUCAAAAUACGUUCAGAAUGCUCGAAUUGGAGCGUCGUCGAAGGAUGGGUGAAGGUGAGCCGUCUGGCUCUUCAACAAUGUCGGCCAAUGCCCGCCGCUUCUCUACGCCUUCAGCUUUGUCCAUGCCUCCUCACCGCCCGUCACCACUCUCAACUGCAGCUCCGUCGAUUCCUCCCCCACCAGCGUCGACAUCGCAGGCCGCACCCACUGUACCGACACUCAUGUCAGGGAUGCGGGUUGCGACAGCGACACCCCAUCGAUACGAUGCUUCUGUAACAGCGGGCUUGGGUCGGGCAGGACGGAAUGCUCCGCCAGCGACCACGCAAAGCUCGGACAGACCCGUCAGGCCGUUGCCCCUCAAUCCUCCGUCUAGUCAUGCCAUCCGACCUAGGCCUCUUCAUCAGCAUCCAACGACCGUUCAGCGCGAUCCGUGGGAGCGAUGGCUCUACGAGGACUCGGAGUCGGACACUUCUCUUGAUCCUCUCUUCGUUCCUCGGCCUCGAAACGGUGGGCCUCGCACGAGAGGGAUCGAUCCACUCAGCGCUCAAGCAGAGGAACUGCGGCGCGCUACCCGAGAUCUUGCUCAACUGCACGACGAUCUCUCUACACUAGUAGCUCCGCGUCGGCGAACGUAUGACGUGGACGGGAUUGAAUUGAGACAUCGACCGCCUGCUGCUGCUAAUCGAAAUACCCCGUCUGCGUCGAACUCGACUACGACGACGGCCCCUCGUCAUCCGGGAAGAGAAGAAUUUAGGAGGAGAUAUUUGGAGAUUGCUACUCUUGGCGGGAGUGGGACAGAGCAACCGCCAGAGCGACAAACGAGACCGACUGGUGAUGCGAUCCGACGGGUGUUGCACAGGGCACAGCGCUUUGGUGGUUUCAGAAGGCCCUUGGCUGGUUUCAAUCCAGGCGAUUUCAUGAACGACGAUGAAUUCGACGAUUCGUAUGAAACACUAUUGUCGCUUACCGAAGAGCUCGGCGAAGUCAGGCCUCGACGUACACCCGCCAACGUCAUCGACUCUUUCACAAGUGCGAGCUAUAGCGAGUUGGCGAAUGGCGAAUCCGACAAGCGCUGUCCCAUCUGCCUUGACGACUAUGCUCCCCAGGAUCCAGUUCUGAAGUUGGAUCGGUGUCCACACUUCAUGCACAAGGACUGUCUCAAGCAAUGGCUCAACCAAGCUACGACUUGCCCAGUUUGUCGAGAGCCGGUCAUGGAGAAGAAGUCGCCCUUCAUGCCACCUAAUCGAGCGCCAAGUGCAAGUGCCGCCGGUCCUUCAACAACUUCAACUUCUUCAUCCUCUCGCCCAAGGCCAGAUCCACUGUCAUUCGCGAUGAAUCGUCCUCGUUGGCCAUCUGAACUCGGUUCUAUUCGACAAAUUGUUCCCACCCGAAACCCCAGGAUUCCUGAAGGUUCCGCCUCCCUGGGUUUCAUGCCCCAUCCCUCGCGUCUUUCCCCGAUUAACAUUCGAAUCGGAGGACCCUCUCGCAAUAAUACCAACAACAACAACAACAACAACAACAACAGUAGUAACAGUUCGGACACGAACGCGAAUAACAGCCACAACCCUGCGACGGGUCCGCCGAGAGGUCCCCAAAGGCCUCGUGAAGACACCUCUAUGGACUCUGACUCGUCGUCUGACUUUAUGAGGUUUUGA